AUGAAACAAAGCAUAAGGAAAAUAUUUUUCACUUUAUAUAAAUCUUUUUAUAUUUUACUAACAUAUGCUUUAAUUUUACAAUCAAUUUAUUUGUGUUCUAAAUUUAUAUUAUCCUUCACAAUAAAAAUAAAAAUUUUUUCUUUUUUGUCAUUUUGGUUUACAUCUUUUAUGACUAUAUGGUGUCAUAUAAAAUGUUUUUUAAAAAAUCCUGGAAUUUUAAGUCAAUCAGAAGUCUUAGAAGAAAAUAUAUAUGAGUGUAACAAUAAAAUAGAAAUGUGUAAAAGAUGUAAUUUACUAAAAAUAAAAAGAUCUCAUCAUUGUUCAAUUUGCAAUAAAUGCAUAAUAAAAAUGGAUCAUCAUUGCAUAUGGAUAAACAAUUGUGUUGGUUUAUAUAAUCAAAAAUAUUUUAUUCUUCUAAAUUUUUAUUCUUUAUUAAUGUGCUUGAAUUGCGGUUUUAUAAUUAUUUAUAAAAUUAUAACAUGCAUUAAAAUCCAAUAUAAUUUAAAAAGAGAAAUUUGUGUAAUGUCAAAAUUGGACAUUUUCCUAAUUUUGAUAAAUACAUUUUGCUCCCUUAUAUUUGGGAUGCUAGCUUUUGUUAUGCUCGUUGAUCAAUACUGUGCAAUUAAAACAAAUACAACUGGUGUAGAAUUUUUAAAAAAAGAAAGAGGGGAAAUAAAAUCAUUUAGUAAAUUAAUUAUAGAAGUUUUCGGACACCCAUUUUCUUAUAUAUGGUUUCUACCAAUUGAUAAAAAGAAAGAAAAAAAGAAAAAUUUCAAUAAAUAA